AUGCGCAGCUAUGACGCCCCCAAUCCUCAACUACCAUUUUUCUACAAGCAACAUGUCGCCAUCGGAGCCCGACCCCCCAAUGGGCUCGGGCACGCAGGUAAUCAAGCUUUGGAGGAUAGAAUUUAUGAGAUUACUCCCGCGAUGGAUGCCUGCCUCUCGGUCCUUUCUAGCUCCACUAGGCUAGCAUUUGUCUGUACAUUCUCGGGUCUAUCUUGUAGCUCUAGAAUUUACAUGUCCUGCUCUAGAUAG